AUGGUUACAUUGCCACGUGACUGGGCUAUGAUGUCGCUUGAUGAUAAACUAGCAUCAGUCUUCAAUCUCGUUGGCACGGUCCGCUCGACUACUGACAUCCUCGUUACCAAAGUUGAUGCCCUGGCUGUUAAGGUUGAUGAUCAGGGUAAACGCAUUGAAUUACUAGAAUUCGAGAACGAUUCUCUGCGAUCUGAGGUAGCUAGCUUGAAGGAACGGUACUCUCGAGGCACAGCGAAGCCUGAACUUAAGGUAGUCGGUAUACCGGCAUCAUGUCAACUGCCACCUUCUCAGAUCACCGAACACUUGUUCGUUAAGCUAGGUCUGACUCCAGCGGAUCUCAACGAUAUUUUUGAUUUAGGGAACUACAACAUAGGCAGGGAUCAGGGUCGUCCCAAAAUACUGGCCACAAAUCGAUUCUCUCACUCGUACAGUAGUAUUGUAUUAGCAGGUGACUUGAACUCCAAUCUGCUUGUUGACGAUUACUAUAGCUCUAACCUAAAACGGCUGGUUUUUGAGCAGUCCAUGCACAUUGUUCCCUUUGGCGCAACGCAUCACUGUGAGAACUCACACUCUUGGCUUGACACUUUUAUUGUGGAUUCACUUGAUAGGGUGAUCACAUUUGAAAAAUCUCUUGCCCCGUUUAUUAACGGUCAUGACUCUCUUUUUAUUGAGUAUGAGUUUGACACUCCUAAAAAGCGUGAUUUGGAAAUUGUCUCAAGAGAUUUUCGGAAAUUUUCUCCAAAGCAAUUCGCAAGCGAAUUGCUGGCUAGCCUUACAAUUCCCGAGGCUGCUCAUGCUGAUGUGAAUGAGGCUUUGGAUCUCUUCCAAUCUACAUCAGUAAAGCUAUUUGACUUAUACGCACCGUUCACCACUCGUAAAGUGCUUAAACAGCCAUCACCGUGGAUCACCAAGAACAUAAAAGAUAAAUGUAAGAAACGUGAUCAUGAAUUUAAGCGGGCAGUACGUUCGGGAGACAGCCGUGUGUUUCGACACUACAGAAAAUUAGACAGUAAUGUGAAGAGUGAAAUUAAAGAGGCUAGGGAUUCUUACAUCAUUCAAAACUGCUCAGACGUAUCUAAAACUUGGAGCAUAUUGCGUAAAUUUGGCCUGGUUGGUAAUGUUCUCAAAUCUCCACUUCACUUCUUCUCGAAGGAUGAGUUAAUUGAUUAUUACUCUUCGGUCACCACUAUCCAUCCCCCAUGUUCUAUUGAUACACUCAGGGUUAUUACUGAUUCCGUCGACUUGGAGGUGGGUAAGUUUGAACUCUCCUUACUUCAACCUCUUGAAGUCUAUCAGGCAAUGCUAAAAUGCCUUUCUAAGUCAAAAAGCCGCAGCUGUGAUGGUCUUUCCUUGACUUAUUUUGAAACAGUUCUAGCUGAUAUAACUCCAUUUCUUACUGAUUUAUUUAAUCGAUCAAUCACAUCAGGUAUCUAUCCAGAGCUAUGGAAAAAGUCACAAAUUGUGCCCUUAAGUAAAGUCGCAAGCCCGAAAUCGACUACUGAAACAAGACCCGUAGCGAAUCUGGCCCAUUUUGCUAAAGUCUUCGACUCACUAAUAACACAACAGACUAUCGCAUAUCUUGAAAAUGAGUCUAUUAUCUCCCCUCGCCAAUCCGGCUUUAGAGCAGACCACAGUACUGAAACAGCUUUGCUGAGGAUUGUUGAAGACAUUCGACGAGGAGCCGAUCGAGGAUUGAUGACCUUGCUGUUGCUUUUCGAUUUCAGACGUGCCUUUGAUUCCAUAAAUCACGUACUACUAUUACAAACAAUGCGUGAUAUAAAUUUAUCAGCUAAUGCUAUAACGUGGUUUCAUUCAUACAUAACUGGUCAUUCCCAAGCAGUAGUUGAUUUAGAUGGCACAACUUCGGCUUUUAAAAUGAAUACCUCUGGUGUUCCUCAAGGGUCGUCUCCUGGGCCUAUAAUAUUUCUUAUUUUUAUAAAUCUUAUCACCUUAGUUUUACGCCACUGUAAUUCAACGUGUAUGCUUUUUGCGGACGAUCUACAAAUUUACAUCCAGUGCCACCCUUCUGACUUCGAGUCGACAGUUUGUAAGUUGAACGAAGAUGCGAACGCUGUUGUCUCUUGGUCGAGAGACAAGGGACUGAUGCUUAACAUCGCUAAGACAAAAGCAAUCUUGUUAGGUUCGGUACAACAUCACAUGCGAUUGAAGAAGGAUCUGAUUCCACCUAUUGUGGUUGACGGUUGUGUGAUACCUUUGUCUGAUACAGUCAAAAACUUAGGCGUUUACUUCUCAACUACUCUCACAUGGAAUGCGCAUAUUAGUCAGCUCAGCUAG